AGCUCGUCCGGCGGCGGGUGGUGGGACUGCUUCCUCUUCCGCCUGGCGCGAGCGUUCCGGAACCGCAACAAGAACGACUGGCAGCGGGUCGUCGCACAGAAGAAGGUGGGUCGAUCCGGUGAGUUCUUCCGCUUCGAUGUCGAGUUCGACGGCCCCGAGCCGCCAUUGGACAGCCUGUCCAGCUUCGACGAUGAAGAAGACGAUGGGUGCACCUUUGAAGGCCUCCCCGCCCUGAGACGUCUGGUGUUGUGCGCGAGGGCAGAGCUGUUCGUCUUUGAGCUGCGUGCUUCGCGGCCGUACCUGUUCUCCGAUGGGGGGUACGACUGCCGCGGGCAGAUAUGUUGCCGGCUGCGCGCUCGCUCCGAGAGCCUGACGGCGUUGAUGCGGCAGCUCGCGAGCGGCAAGGCGUAUUUUCGCGUCGGCGGCCAUAAAGUAGCUUGUGAUUUUGCGUCAUACCCGGCAGCCUUCCCAGAUGGCCAUUUCCGUCUGGACGUGAAGUUUCGCGUGGCCAGUCUGCAGGAGUCGUUCGCCGUUCGCCUAUGGGAGACCGCCGACGAGGGUCGCGACAUCAGCGGCUCGCCGUUUACCGUGCAGCAGCUGGUGCGGAGCCAAAAGCUCGAGCAGUGCUUCGGCACCUCUGAUCAUCGUAAGAAACGGCGACGGGACGACGACGACGACGACGAAGAAGACGAGGGUGCAAGCCGUAAGCAGCCGAGAUUGAAGCGGUAG